ACUGGUUCUUUUCAUUGUCUUGCUAUUCCUUGCGUGAUUGCAUUUUCAGACGAGUUAUUUUCUCUCGUAUAAACGAUUUGAUGGUACAAAGUUCCUUUGAAAAAAUAGCUCUCCACGGUUCUUCUGAAGAGCGUUGAGACAUCGCCGCAAGGCGCAAGGACUCGCCUAUGACUUUUGCAAGGCAAAUUCAAAGGCUUCAAAGCUUAUCCCGUAUUGAAAUUUAUUUGUAGACCACUGGUGGAUGUGAAAGCUGCCACUGUAAGUGAACAGUAAACUGAUGUUAAGUGAACUGUAACCAAGGCGCCAAGCUGCAGUACUCUCCCACCAGCUGCGUGAAAGAGACUCCACCAAAUACAUGACAAUUUCCUUGAAGCUGCUCAAAGUGACACCUACAUUCGACCAAGAAGGAUCGAUCGUGGAUCUGGUGCUUAGAAGUAGGAAAAUGAACGAUACAUUUUCUUUGAAUUGGAGAUUGAGAUUUAGCUAUUUCUUUCCAAAGCAUUUUGUGAAGUAGCACACUUUCUGUAUUCAUAGGACUUCUGCAGAUCUUCUUGAACUGAUGCACUCAUCACAUGCAAGGCUAUUUUGAACUUCGAACACUGCUGGGAAUGAGAAUCUUGACAGAAUGAUGAUUCAGCUCUUGACUGAUUGAACUCUUUGUGUUAUUGGACCUUUUAGUAUUCAUGGGGCAAACCAACCAAAAUCUUGUCAUUCAAUAGCUGUAAGAAUGGCUGAACAUAGUGGAAAAAAAAGCUAGGGAUACGUUAUGUUUAUUUCGGAUAUUAUUGGUGGGAAGUGGGAAGUGGGAAGGUGGGAAUUCAACUAUUUAUCGACAAUGGUGAUAAAGCAUAUAAUCCUUCAGGUCGGAGCUUAGGUAUAUCUGGCAGAAGCAAGAGGGACGCAGCAGUGGAUAAACUGGAGUUUGGAAUUCUGCAGCCCAAUAAUGUGGUAAAGCAUAUGCUAUAAACUCCAGGCUGGAAUGAGUGCAUCCAUACAUCAAGAGUGAAAUUGUUUUGCUGUGCCAGCUAUCAAAGAUUCAAAUGUUUACGCUAGAAAACAUGUAGUUGAUGCUCUCACUUGCUACAACCUGGCAAGUGGCAGCAACUGGUUUUGAAGUUCAACACCGGUGCAUGAGAUGAGCCUGCAGUGAAGAUUUAUGGGCUGGCAUAUCUUUAUCUGUCAACGGGGAAGAUUAAGGCAUGAAAAGAAAGGAGUAUGUAAGAUACUAAGAUCUGUUUACUGGGUUGUUGAUUCAUGACUUCAGUGAAGGGAUUUACACUUGUCAAAGUGAUUGAUGUUGGCUUUGGUGCUCCUGAAGCAAGGAACAUGACUGUUUGUAUCAGAUUUGUUUUGCGAAAGAAAUGUUUAUUUGGCCAACAGUUUUUCUUGGUUGGUGAAGAUCCAAUAUUUGGUUCAUGGGACCCAUCUGCAGCCAUUCCUAUGACUUGGUCAGAAGGCCAUAUUUGGACAGUAGAACAGAAUAUCCCUAUUGAGAGUAAGACCCAAUUCAAGUUUAUACUGAAGGGAGGAUCUGGAGAAACUGAAUGGCAACCCGGGCCGAACCGAGUUCUAAAACUAUGGAUAACCAAGGGUACUAUUAUUAUAGAAGAAGAUUGGGAUUCUCCUGAACUCCAAAAAGCAAUAGAGGAAUUGCCUGAGACUGAAUUUACCCAAAUGCUUGCAAAACAAGAGGUGAAGGCUAUGCCUAAAAGGCGUAAGACCGUGAUGCAGGAUUCUGUAGAGAACAGUGAUGACGCCCUCCUAGUUCCAGGUCUAUCUGUGGCUGAGGGCCCUGAGGCCAGGAAGGCCAUGAUAGAUGACUUCAUAGGGAACACUGAAGGUCUUGUUCUAGUUCCAGGAUUGUUAUCCAAGUCCAUAUAUAGUGCUACAGAGCCUUUUGAACAAGAUCAAAGAAAUGCUGGAGCCGAAGUCGGUGCUGUUGUUGAGGAUCAGUCAUUUUCUAAUGACCCAGUUAUUGAAACUGAUAGCAGCAAACCAGAGCCAUCUACCGGAAAGUUUGGCAAAGAGUUGAAAGUGAUGAGUGGCCAAGGAAAUGUGGAAAGAGGAGCAGUUGACAUUCCACUGGCUGCUGCUAUCCUGAAGAAUGACAUUGAGUGGGGUCUCCGAACCUGUCUAGGCUAUUUUGCGGUUUUGAUUUCUAUCAUAGGCAACUUUGAUUAAACCAGGAAGGAAAAGAAUCUGCGGUAUUCCUGCUGCAGAAGUUCUGAAAAUCAUCACUUCAGUUAGCAUGAUGCAAAAUGAUGAAAUAUUUCUUGGUCUGGCGGUCAUUCCCGUCUUAAGCUUGUAUUAUAUUCUAAAUUACUGCACAUGUAAGAGCUAUCGAUGACGUUUAAUCAUUAUUGUGGACAUAAAACAGGAGCUGGAGGAAUUUCAUUAGCCAUUUGUAUGUUUACAUUGCUUUCAUUUUGAAAUUAAUUGCUGAUUUCCUCUUGUGAAGCUAAUCCUGUUCAGGCAUCCUAUUAUCUGCAUAGCACGGAUUUUUUUGUUAAAACUGGUAAUCUUUAUUACUGGUUGGAACCAUGGUUUGGAUUCCAGAUUAUCCGACUUAUUCUAGUCAAAUAAGUGCAACCAUAUUCAUCAAGUCAGUGACUAUUUAAACGUCACAAUUCGUGUUCACACUGCACAUUGUUGAGCAACUAUUGCGUUUUUGCCGCCUAAGUCAGAGAUGGUAUAUGCGUGUGCGUGGGCCAUGCGAGCUGGGAGAAACAGCAGUUUCAUUGCAACAUGCAAUAACCGUCCAAGUUAAGCCAUAAAUAAGCGCUUGUGUGGAUCCACUCACUCACAUUUCUCCUUUGGAAGUUCAAGUUGCCAGUUGAUGCAGCCAAAGCAAAUCUAUGGAUGUACUUUUCAUGUUUUAUCUUCAAUUUCUUGGAAUCCUACAUAUGCCCAUGAGGGAAAGAACCAAUAGAUUUCUUGAAAUAGAAGCUUAUGCUUAUUGUUUUCGCAAUAUUAGAAAGGGCUAGUUUAUGUAAAAACUAAUGUCCGAAUGUGAUGUCUAAACAUCUCUAAACUUGUGGUUAUUGCUAUUAUUGUUAUUAUUAUCGACCAAGAGAGCCUGACUCAAGGCGUAAGCGUUAACGGUGCGGGGUCUAUCUAUAUGGUGCAUCUCCAUCAGGGACCUCUAGUUCUUAGGUUUUUCCAGAGAGCAAGGUUCACGAAGAUGACACGGUCACUACUUGCUAGUGAGUAACUUGUAAUUCUCGUCCUUCUUCUUCGAAACGGGCAUUUGGCUGAGCUUUGGACCGAAUUUGAUGAGGGGGUCAACCCAAGCGUCUUACUUGGUUGGUUGUACCUACUCAAAGACGUAGCGCUUCCAGAGCGAGUCUCAUGGCGGGACAGACUCUUCGGCUUUUAUUGCAGUGCCUCGCAGAGAGUACGUGGCCUCGUCUCAUCCACAGAGUCCUUCACUGCCGAAUAAGAAGGUCCUCCCAUACUCCGCCUACUGUCGGGGCUAUGGUGCUUCCGUGGUGGGAUGUCCUUCUCACAGCGAAUGUGGACUUCUCGGGCCGAAGCUCGAAAGCCUUCUCCUCCUCCCCCGGCGCCCUGCUCCCUGGACCAUUGCGGUUGCCUGCACUUCCUUCCCUCGGUUGAAAAAUGCUUUGCAGACAGCGGAAGGAACCAACAACGGCGGGUAAUCCCUCCCUCCUCCUCCUCCUUUCUCUUUCCCUUUCUGUUCACUCCUUUCUUCUUUUUCAGUUUUCUGCUACUGGAUUUCAGCAAUUUACAGCCCAAUUUGCAUAUUUAAGUAUAGCAUCUUUGCACUUGGUGUUCUUUCUCGAAGGGGGAAAAAUUUCCCUCUUGGAACAUUGAAGAAACCUAUCUCAUUGUGUUAUCCGACUUAUGGUACGGAUAGACGAAAUUGCCUCCCCUCGAGUUUAACUGAUUAGCUUUUUGGCUGUCAAGUAGCCGUAAAAGUUCAGUCAUGGAGGCAUAGAACAAUCUGUGACGGACGAAACACGGGAAUGCAACGAGUUCCAUGGUUGUAAUUCUAAGACGCGCUGCCACAUGAUCCGUUUUCUUCUUUCUCAGUUUAAUAUGUUGGAACCUUUUUCUUCUUUCUUGUCAUGUGGGCAAGUUUCGCCAAUCUGAUUCAUUUGAGGCUAUUCUAGCCCAAAAGUUUCUUGAACGAUUGUAACCUGGGCUGCCUUCUUGUUUUUAAGGCGAUGGUCCUAAAUUUUCUCUCUUCUUUCUGCAUGCAUUAAUCUGGUUUUGGUUAAUGUCUGGAAAUGUCUUUACCUGCCGUCAUAUAUUCAGCGGCAGAUUCCUGCCUGGCCCUAGGCUGGGCUUCAGCUUAACCUCAAGGAACCAUGCAUAGGCUCUAUUGCAAGCUUUCUGGAUGCAUGCAUUAAGCAUAAAUUUUUUCCAUUCCUCCAUCUGGCCAGGUUUUUCCUGUGUUGCAGGUGAAAUAGACUGCCAAAUAGUGCGGUUUGCCUGUCAUUCUUUUGGUUAAGAUGAAAGACGUUUCUUGCCACUGUUGGGAACAUUACAUGAAGGAGAAUGCGGGGCUCACUGCAAGUUAGAAGCCAAAACAAGAGAAGUGAAAAGAAGGAGCAAGAAAAUGAACUUGCAAUUACUCUAAUUCAAAGUUCAAAUCACUUCAAAUGGCAGCGGCGACCAACUUGCUAGAACCUGUAGCGGCGGUUUUCGUGUGUAUAUAGACCCAGAUGUAUAAUUUUGCCAACGUAACUUGCAGAGUUUGCUUUUAACCA